AUGCUCUGCAUUUUGUGUUUGAAACCUCCAAAUAAACCAAUUGAAAUAUUUGGAGAAACUGGCAUCAGUUCUGAUAUCGCUGAUGUUAUUUCAAAACAUUUUUGGUUACAGCCAUGUGCUGACGAUUUUAAUUCCAAUUCAAUAUGUUCUCAAUGUUGGAAUUCCCUUGAUUCAUUUAAUAAAUUUUACAAAGACAUAGAAAAAGCUCAUCGUUUUUUUCGACAAAAUUCAAAUCAGUCAAAAGAAACUGAUAAAAAGAUGGAUUUUGAUCCUAUGAAUGAGGAUUCAGAGGAAGACAUUAACUUCCUAAAUAGUCGAAUAAAGGUUGAAGUCAAUGAGGACUCAAACGACUUACCUUUAAAAUUUGACCAAAUUGACAUUCCCGACGAUCCUCUGAAUACAAAAAUAGAAAUUGAAGAAAAGACAUCUGACAAAUCUGAUUCAGAGUCAGAAAUUCCAAUUUCUCAAUUAUCUACUCGAUAUAAAAAAGAAGCCACAAAAAAGCCAAAAGUCUCCAAAUUCAAAAAUACUAAAUCUGAAGAAGUUGUCUUUCAUAUUAAAGAUGGUAUAUGGCUUGCCACUUGUUAUAGCCAAGAAACCACCGAUAAACGAAUAAGUCAUGAAGAAUUUGACAAAUUUAUAAAUAAAAAUAUGGAACUGUCGUGUGACUUGUGCCUGGAGCACAUGGUUAGCUUUACAGCUCUUCGGUCUCAUUUCCAAAAAUACCACGAACCUGAGAAAGCUUAUGUUACUUGUUGUGGGAAGAACUUUUACCUGCGAGCUGCUUUGGCUGAUCAUAUUCUACUUCAUAAGUUACCUAAUUACUUUACCUGUAGUCUCUGUUCAAAAGUUCUAACUGGACGAAAGACUUUGAUUGAACAUCAGAAGACGCAUAAUAAGAAACUUAUUUAUCAAUGUCCUGGGUGUGAUAAGAGUUUUCAUCGGAAAGUCAAUCUUGAUCGGCAUAAGGAUGUUCAUGUUGAUUACUCGGAGAGGACAGUUGAAUGUUCGCAGUGUGACAAGUUAUUUGCUUCGAAAUUUUCCCUAAAACAACACAUUUACGAUGCCCAUAGGUCAGGCUGCACUAAUUUCGUUUGUGAAUUAUGUGGCAAAGGUUGUAAAGAUCAACCGACUUUGCGUCGUCAUCAAUUCGAUCAUACAAAUGCAGAAAAAGAAUCAUUUCCAUGUGAAAUAUGCGGCGCUAGGCUAGCUACCAAAGAUGGUCUGCGACGGCAUAAAAAGUCAAUACAUCCCAAAGAUGAUAAGAAAUAUAUUUGUAGUUAUUGUGGAUUACAAUCAUCGACUAAAGCUGCAUUGCAUCGUCAUGUUACUUAUAUGCAUACUGUUGAACCACGGUACAAGUGUACGUUGUGUGAGAAAGCUUUUAAAAGAGCUAUGAGACUUAAGAAAUAA